UGCCUUACACUGGCAGGGCCUGCACGCUUACAGUUGCAUCUGGACGCUCGGGCCCCACGGCUUGCACUGCAUUCCAGGGGGCUGCCGCUGUCGUCAGGCUGAUUCUUUCUGACAAGUUUGAAAAUACUAAAGCACCAGGCUUCUAUUGUGAUUUCCUUUUCAGUGUGGAGAGAUUUAAAAAAAAAAAAAAAAGAUAGUUGAUCGCUGUGCGCCUGCCUGGCCAGAUGCAGAAAGAGAGAGAGAGAGAGAGAGAGAAAGCUACUGCGCUGCCAUCAGUGGGAAGUGGGCCAGGCGGCGUAGUGAGGCAUUCUCGAGUCGGCUCGGCAGUGGCUGCCUGCUGUGCCAGUCAGAGUCAGGAGGGCGGAGAGCAAAAAAAGAAAAAAAGAGAUAUUUGAAGUGAUGUCAGAGUCACAUGGAUUUUCAUGUGGUCAUGCACUGAGGCAGAGACAGAGCUGUGCUGGCCAGCUGCUGCUGAGACAGCAGUGAAGGGCUUUUGCUCUGGUGCUACUUUUCUCAUAUGGACUUGGAGCUUAAUGAUGUAUUUUGUGAUUUCAGCUAUGAAAGCUCAAAUCGAAAUAAUUCCGUGUAAGAUCUGUGGCGAUAAAUCAUCAGGAAUUCAUUACGGUGUUAUAACAUGUGAAGGUUGCAAGGGCUUCUUCAGACGAAGUCAGCAGAGUAACGCUACAUACUCUUGUCCUCGGCAAAAGAACUGUCUGAUAGACCGAACCAGUCGCAAUCGCUGUCAGCACUGUCGAUUACAGAAGUGUCUCGCUGUUGGAAUGUCACGUGAUGCUGUCAAGUUUGGCAGGAUGUCAAAGAAACAGCGGGACAGUCUAUAUGCAGAAGUACAGAAACAUAGGAUGCAGCAGCAGCAGCGUGAUCAGCAACAGCAGCCAGGAGAAGCAGAACCACUGACACCCACCUAUAGUCUCUCCAGCAAUGGAUUAACAGAUCUGAAUGAAGACCUUAGCAGCUACAUUGAUGGCCAUACCACUGACGGCAGUAAAGCUGAUUCUGCUGUCAACAGCUUCUACCUAGAUAUUCAGCCUUCACCGGAUCAGUCAGGACUGGACAUCAAUGGCAUCAAACCUGAACCAAUAUGUGACUUCACGCAAGGAUCAGGCUUCUUUCCAUAUUGCUCCUUUACAAACGGCGAGACCUCUCCUACAGUGUCUAUGGCAGAACUCGAACAUCUGGCACAAAACAUCUCAAAGUCUCACAUGGAAACGUGUCAGUACUUGAGAGAAGAGCUCCAGCAAAUGACUUGGCAGACGUUCCUGCAGGAGGAAAUGGAGAGCUACCAGAAUAAGCCCAGGGAAGUCAUGUGGCAGCUUUGUGCGAUCAAAAUAACGGAGGCCAUCCAGUAUGUGGUGGAGUUUGCCAAACGCAUAGAUGGUUUCAUGGAGUUGUGUCAGAAUGAUCAAAUAGUACUUCUUAAAGCUGGUUCUUUGGAGGUCGUGUUUGUUAGAAUGUGUCGUGCCUUUGACUCUCAGAACAACACUGUCUAUUUCGAUGGGAAGUACGCUGGACCAGAAGUAUUUAAAACAUUAGGUUGUGACGAUUUGAUCAGCUCAGUCUUUGAGUUUGGAAAAAACUUGUGUUCAUUACAUCUAUGUGAAGAUGAGAUUGCGUUAUUUUCUGCAUUUGUCUUAAUGUCUGCAGAUCGGUCCUGGCUUCAAGAAAAAGUAAAAGUGGAGAAACUUCAGCAGAAGAUACAGCUGGCACUUCAGCAUGUUCUUCAAAAAAAUCAUAGAGAGGAUGAGAUAUUAACAAAGUUGAUAUGCAAGGUCUCAACACUGCGAGCGUUGUGCAGCAGGCAUACAGAGAAGCUCUCAGCAUUUAAAGCAAUAUAUCCAGACAUUGUGCGUGCUCACUUCCCUCCUUUGUACAAAGAAUUGUUUGGUUCCGAGUUCGAGCAGCCUAUGCCAGUUGAUGGGUAACGGCCUUUCUCUCACAUGAACACUGCCUGGAAUGUUUGAAGUACCCAGAGACGAAUGAAUCGGAGACACUUUACGGUGCCCUGCACAAGCCAGGAGAGCCGACACGCUGCACAUUUGGGGAUUCUUUACGUUUGUGUCUUGUUUUGUUUUUGUUUUUUGUAGGGCAUGGGUGGGAAUCUGGCACUUGACAUAAAGGGGGAAGAUCAAACUAAUAUUUACAAUAUGAUA